UUGUUCCUGUCAUUUUGAAAGCGCUGACAUACGAUGAGAAGAGGGGGGCAUGCAGCGUGGGUUCCAACGUGCGAGAUGCAGCAUGCUACGUGUGCUGGGCCUUUGCUCGUGCUUAUGAUCCUGCAGAGCUGAUACCAUUUAUUAAUCAGAUUUCAAGUGCAUUGAUUAUUGCUGCAGUAUUUGAUCGUGAUGUUAAUUGCAGAAGAGCUGCCUCUGCUGCCUUCCAGGAGAAUGUUGGGAGACAGGGCACUUUUCCACAUGGCAUAGACAUUCUAACUGCAGCUGAUUAUUUUGCUGUUGGUAACAGAGUUAACUGUUAUCUGACUAUAAGUGUGUAUAUUUCUGGCUUUCCUGAGUAUACACAGCCAAUGAUUGAUCAUUUAUUUAACAUGAAGAUUAACCACUGGGAUAGUGUUGUUCGAGAACUUUCAACCAGAGCUCUGCAUAACCUUACUCCACGGGCUCCUGAAUACAUGGCAAACGUGGUUUUGCCAAGACUUCUGCCUUUAUCAGUGGGCACAGAUCUGCACACACGCCAUGGGGCAAUUCUUGCCUGUGCUGAGAUCACCCAUGCACUGUGUAAACUAGCAGAAGAGAAUAAUAGAUCUAUAACGUAUUAUUUCAGUGAAAAAUCAUUGGAGGGACUUAAGCAAAUCCAUCAAGAGCUUUGCAGUCGUCAAUUGUACAGGGGUUUAGGUGGAGAACUGAUGAGACCAGCUGUUUGCACUUUAAUUGAAAAGUUGUCACUAUCAAGAAUGCCAUUUAGAGGAGAUCCAAUAAUUGGUGGCUGGCAGUGGUUGAUAAAUGACAGUCUAAGAAGUCUCCCUCUUGUUUCAAGCGCUGCACGGCAGCAUAUAAAGGAGUCUGCAGUCUCUGCACUGGCUGCGCUGUGUAAUGAAUAUUACAUCAGUGAAAAGGGAGAAGCUGAUCCAGCUCUGCAAGAUGAGCUGGUGACGCAGUAUGUUUCAGAACUACAAAACACAGAGGAAAUGAUUCGUUGUGGCUUUUCACGAGCUCUUGGGGCCCUUCCAAGGUUUCUGCUAAAGGGCAGGCUCCAGCAGGUUUUGGAAGGUUUGAAAAAAGUUACCUUAAUUUCCCCUGCAGACGUGAGCUUUGCAGAAUCCAGAAGAGAUGCCCUAAUAGCAAUUGCGAAGGUUUGCCAGACAGUAGGUGUAAAGGGAGAAGGAUCCCAGGAAGAAUAUGUCUGCAAAGAUAACGUGAAUCAGAUUUAUGCCACACUACUUAGUGGUGUGACUGACUACACCACAGACAGCCGAGGAGAUGUUGGAGGAUGGGUUCGUGAAGCUGCUAUGACAAGUUUAAUGGAGGUGACGCUUCUGCUGGUUCGGAGUGACGCGGCGUUAAUUAAUGCCAACAUCUGCAAACAGAUUAUGUGCUGGUUGGCCCAACAGUCGGCUGAAAAAAUCGAUAAAUUUCGAGCUCAUGCAGGAUCUGUGUUCCUUACUCUUUUACAUUUUGAUCAUCCUCCAGUUCCACACAUACCUCAUCGAGAAGAGCUAGAGAGAAUAUUUCCAAGGUCAGAGAAAGAGACUCUGAACUGGAAUGCCGCGUCAGCAGCUUUCCCUCGAAUCACGCAGCUUUUGGCUUUGCCAGCGUACCAGUACUACGUGCUCUUGGGUCUCUCCGUGUCGGUUGGCGGGCUCACAGAGACGACGCUCAGAUACUCUGCCCAGAGCCUCUUCGACUACAUGAAGAAAAUCCAGAACGAUUCCAGUGCUUUGGAGAGUUUCUGUGAGACGCUGCUGAAGGUCUUUGAGGACAACCUGCGGAAUGACCGGGUGUCUGUACCUCUCCUGACAAUGCUGGACCAAAUGCUGGCAAACGGCUGCUUUGAUAUAUUUACCAUGCAAGAGAAUUUUUUGGCCAUAGAGGUACCUUAUGGUGGAGAGAUAAUGAUGCAUGAGUUACUGGGUGUACUUCACCAAGCGCCAAACGAGCCCCACGUCCUGGGUUCUGCUGUGCUCCCAGAGCCCGUGUGCACCUCAGCCGAGUGUGGUCCACGAGUGGUGGUAACUGUCAGCAUCCUGCUGGUAGUGAGACAUGGGGAAGGGGGAGUAAAGGAGAGGGAACUGAAGCCACUUGCAAAACUGGCACUGGAACAUUGUUGUCUGGUUGUGGCUCCUGUAGCUGCAGGAGUCAUCCUGAGGCUGCCGGGAGCCCAGACAGAGUGCCAGCUCCUCAGAGGUACG